AUGGAUGUUGGAGAUAAAAGUUGGAUGGAUCUCCGAAGAUCCACCGAUGAGUAUAUUCAUGGAGUUAAUGAUUUCCUAGAUAAGGCAUUUGAACGAGCUUCCCAAGGAGAUGAAAUAUUAUGUCCUUGUAAAAAGUGCUUUAAUCGUUAUUGGCAUUGUCGAAAUGUGGUAGAGGAUCACUUGAUUUGUUAUGGGUUUGUUCAUGGAUACACCAAAUGGGUUUUCCAUGAAGAAGGGUUUUCCUCAAGAAAUACGCCACAUCCAACCAAUGAUGAUGAAACAUUCGGCAGACAAGACGGUAUUGAUAAACUACUUCUAGAUACUUUUAGAAAUGUAGCAGAUGACCUGAGGCAUGAAGGAGUAAGAGAGGGACUAUCUGAAGAUGCAAAAAGAUUCUUUAAAUUAGUGGAAGAAGGGAAACAAGAGUUGUAUCCAAGGUGUAAGAACUUUUCUAAGUUGAAUUUCACCAUUCGGUUAUACUUGUUUAAAUGCAUUCACAAGUUGAGUAAUGUAGCCUUUUCAGAUUUGUUAGACUUGAUAAAAGAGGCAUUUCCCUUUGCUCAGAUACCCGAGUCUUUCUACAAGGCAAAAAAGGUGAUAAAAGAUUUGGGUCUUCAUUAUGAAAAAAUUCAUGCAUGUACUAACGAUUGCAUGUUAUUCUGGAAUGACACUGCAAAGUUAGACAAGUGCUCAGUGUGUGGAUCUUCUAGAUGGAAGAAUGUUCGUGAUGACUUGACUAAUAAGGUCACUAAAAUUCCAGCAAAGGUUUUAAGGUACUUUCCUUUAAAACCUAGGCUUCAGAGGAUAUUCAUGUGUUUUGAAACAUCUGUAGCUAUGAGAUGGCAUGAUACUGAACGACCCAAAGAUGGAAAUUUAAGACAUCCUGCUGAUGGGGAAGCUUGGAAGGAUUUUGAUUCCUUGCACCCUGACUUUGCUAGUGAUGCUCAUAAUGUUAGAUUGGGUCUUUCAAGCGAUGGUUUUAAUCCAUUCCGAACUAUGAGCAUUUCCCAUAGCACAUGGCCAGUUAUGUUGAUGAAUUAUAACUUAUCACCGUGGAUUUGCAUGAAGUCGGAGUAUAUAAUGUUGUCAAUGAUUAUUCCAGGUCCAUCGUCUCCUGGAAAUGAUAUAGAUGUAUACUUACAACCACUGAUUGCAGAGUUGAAGGAACUAUGGGAAGUGGGAGUGGAAACAUAUGAUGUUGUAACUAAUCAAAACAUUUAUGAUGCGUGCAGCUUUAUUGUGGACAAUUAG